AUGUUACAGAGAGCUGCAAGCAAUGCAUAUUCAUGGUGGUGGGCAAGUCACAUCAGAACAAAGCAAUCGAAAUGGCUCGAACAAAACCUCCAAGAUAUGGAGGAAAAGGUGCAACAUGUGCUUCGCCUCAUUACAGAAGAUGGAGACUCGUUUGCCAAGAGAGCAGAAAUGUACUACAAGAAAAGACCAGAAUUGAUACAAUUCGUGGAAGAGACCUACAGAGCUUACAGAUCCUUGGCUGAACGGUAUGAUCACCUUUCGACCGAGCUACAAAAUGCCAACAACACCAUUGCGUCUGUUUUCCCCGAACAAGUUCAGUUUGCAAUGGAUGAUGAAGAAGAAGCGCCUGCACCUAAACCGAAAAAGCCUCUAGACAUGUCAAAAAACGUCCCAGAGGUGCCGAAGGCUCCUACUAAGGAUUUGAAGAGUCUUUUGUCGCGAGCAGCAGUUGGCAAAAAGAAAUUCCAGCCUCAGAAGUCGGUGAAAAAAUCAUCAACUGUCAAAACAGUUAGGAAAUCUGGUUUGAGCAAAUCUGAGGGACUAGAAGAGAUUGACAAGAUUCAGAAGCAGAUUCUGGCACUGCAAACCGAGAAAGAGUUUGUGAAGAGCUCAUACGAGAACGGACUUUCCAAGUACUGGGAGAUUGAGAAUAACAUCAAGGGAAUGCAAGAGAAAGUAAGCAGCUUGCAAGAUGAGUUUGGUGAGGGUCUGGUGAUUGAAGACGAUGAUGCUCGGAGUUUGAUGGCAGCGGCAGCAUUGAAGUCAUGCCAAGAUACAUUGACUCAGUUGGAGAAGAGACAAGAAAGUUCAGCUGAGGAAGCAAGAGUUGAGUCACUAAGGGUUAAGGAUGCGAGGAAGGUAUUUGAGUCUCUCAAAAAUAAGCUUCCAAAUGAUCAGAUUCAGACCAAUAAUGCAAAAGAUGAAGUAAAAGCAGUUAAGGAGACAAGUUCAGACCAGAGAGCGGAGAGUGCAACUCAUGAGAAAGAGAAACUAGAGACGUUACGAGAGAAAAUCAAGGAACACUAUGAUGCAAUAUCAAAUGAAUCUCUCACUGUUAGUGAAAUGGCAGAGAAGAUUGACGAAGUUGUGAGUAAAGUGAUCAGCUUAGAGACUGCUAUUUCAUCCCAGACAGCUCUAGUUGAUAGAUUAAGAAGUGAAAACAAUGAGAUAUGUGAUCAAAUUCGAACUCUGGAAGAUGAAAAGGCGACUCUAAUUGAUGGAAAGAACGACUUGAGUAAACAGCUGAAGGAGUUGGAGGAAGCGUUGCGCCGAGCUCAGGAGCUAAACAACAAUGUUGAAAGCCAGAAUAACAAUCUCCAGAUACAUUUUACUGAAGCGCAUUAUAGCCUUGAUCACAUUUCUCAUAAACUGGAAACCGUGAAGCCAAAUGAGGAGCCAAGUGCCUCAGACUCAUCAAAAACAAAUGAGGAUUCUCUUGGUACAGCCAAGUCGGCAGUUGAUCCUGCCAAUGGUCUCAAGCCAGUGCAGGAAGUGAAGUCAGAUGAAGACCAGAAGCCUACAGUUUUAGAGCAUAAAGAUGAAGCAUCUUCAGCUGAAGUGACACCUUCUACACAUCAUGAGGAAAGACCAAAUCUUGAUGAUAGUUCAGUGAAAAUUAUAGAUACUCCGAGUAACUCUAAUGGUGAUAAAGGAAAGGAUGGUUGCCAAUCACCCGUAAAGAAACAACAAAAUGCAAGCGAUGGUUCUGUAAAAGCUAAAGAAGUGCUCAGUACUUCUGCUGGAGCUCAAGGAGGAGAUAUUUGUACUCCAAGGCAGACAAUGGGUAGUUUUCUUGAUAUGGAAGUAAUCGAUGAUGAUGAUGAUGAUGAUCUGGAGCCAACGCAUGAAGAUAAGCCAGACUGGCAGAAAUUGUUUACAACUGGAUUGGCAGACAAAGAAAAGAUUCUAUUGAAAGAGUACACUGCAACUCUUCGGAACUACAAGGAUCUCAAGAAGAAGUUUAGUGUGACUGAGAAUGACCUCUUUGAAACAUCAGUGCAGAUGAAACAACUGAAGAGUAGCAAUGUCUUGAAGGAUGAAGAGAUCAAAGCAUUGCAUAAGAAAUUGGACCUUCUCAUACAGAGUUUAGAUGGAAAUCAAGAAGCACUCAAAGCUUUAGAGCAGGGGCAGACACCAACAGAGAAGGAAGAGAAUGAUUCAGUCAAGGACCUUCUAAAUGAUAAUUCUCCCACUACAUCAGCAAUCGAGGAAAAAUUCCGAGCUAACAUUGAUGAACUGUUGGAGGAGAACUUGGAUUUCUGGUUAAAGUUUAGCACUUCGUUCCAUGAGAUACAGAAGUUUGAAACCAGUAUCCAAGAUUUACAGUCGGACAUAUCAAAGCUCGAGGAUAGAAGAAAGAAAGAAGGAAGUAGUCAUGCAAGGAGUUCUGUGAAAUCAGAUGCACGGCCGUUAUACAAGCACCUAAUGGAGAUACAGACUGAACUAAACGUUUGGAUGGAAAAGAGUUCGCUCCUGAAAGAUGAACUUCAGUGCAGGUUUGCUUCUUUGUGUGACAUCCAAGAAGAAAUAACCAAGGCCUUGAAGACAAGUGCCGAGGAUGGAGACUUCGACUUUACAAGCUACCAAGCUGCAAAGUUCAAAGGCGAGAUUUUAAAUAUGAAACAAGAGAAUAACAAGGUUGGAGAUGAGUUACAAGCAGGGUUGGAUCAUGUGACAGCACUUCAACUUGAAGUAGAAAAAGCUAUGGGAAAGUUGAACGAGGAAUACAAAUUCUCUGCAUCCAUAAAGAAGCAGCAACCAGCUCAAGCGCAGCUGACACAUACCGAGAGCCGCUCCAGAGUUCCUUUGCGGUCAUUUAUCUUUGGUGUCACACCAAAAAAGCAAAAGCGAUCAAUCUUCGCUGUUGUUGCCCCUGCUAUGCAUAAGAAAUACCAUGGAAAAUCUAGAUCCACCUCUAACCAGCAGUAA